GACGAACUGUCUGCUUGGCUGUCCAAAUCGAUCAACCACUUCUUUGUGCGAUACGAGUUCCCGACCGUUCAACACCCCUCCUGGUCGGAUCGCAUUGCUUUCAAUCCUAGUGAAUUAUGGCAAUGCGUUGACUGCACAAAGGAACACGAGACCUUCCUCUGCUCCAAUCCAAGACUACGGGCGCUAGAUAUCUUUGCAGGAGCCGGCGGCCUCAGUCUCUCAAUGCAGGACGCGGGGCUGUUGAAGGUGACGCACGCUAUUGAGAUUCUGCCCAGUGCUUGUCAAACAAUCCGUGCCAAUUCUCCCCAGACGAUUGUGUACAACCAGUGUGCUAACGAGAUGCUCCGAUACACCGCAGAUAUGUUAAACGAAGCCGAGCCCUGCAGAGAAGAUGCGCCUCGGCAAAUUCAUCCGCCGGAGCUGCUUCCCAAGCCUCCUUUACCAGGAGACAUUGACGUGAUACUCGCCGGAUUUCCAUGCCAAUCGCAUUCCGCCCUCAACAUGUACCGCAAAGAAGACGAUCCGCGGAGUCGCUUGAUGCUGACGAUGCUCAGCUUCGUCCAUGUGUAUCAGCCGAAGUACUGUGUAUUUGAGAACGUACCAGGUUUCCUUGAGUACGACCCUGGCGCAGGUCAAGAAGAUCCGGAGCACAACAAGAUGGGAGGUCUCAGGCUGCUGUACCAUGCACUGACUACAAUGUCAUACCAAGUGAGAUGUGGGGUUCUCCAAGCGGGCAAUUACGGCGCACCACAACACCGUCAACGGU